AUGACAAGAUAUACGGAAGAAGAACAAGUUUUAAUAUUAAAAUUACUUAAAUAUUUUCAAUUGGAAAAGGAAGCUGGACAAACAUUAUUACCAAUUUCUGCUGUUCGUGAACGUGUUGCUGAGGCGUUAGAAAUUUCUUUGCCAACCAUAAGGCGAUUAGCAAAUGAAGGAAUACAAAAAGAUUCUGAUUAUACCAAUAAAGUAAGCGAAUCAGUAGCCACUAGUUGUGAACCCAACUUGAUUUUAAAUAAAUACCAACAUACCAUUAGGACUCGUAUAUAUGGAAUGUUUAGUAAAGGUGAGCAUGUAACUCUCUAUACUUUACAACAAAAGCUCGAGGAAGUGGAUGAGGUUAAAAUUUCGAUUUCUGCACUUCAGCGAGUUUUAAAAGUAUUAAAAUUCAGAUGGGUGAAUUGUAAUAUUUCAAACAGGAAGUAUUUAAUGGAGCAAGCACAUGUUACAUUCAAAAGACUCCAGUUCUUAAAAGCAUACAAAGAGAAUGAAAUGGAUGGAUACCCUUUUAAACCAGUUUUCCUGGAUGAGACAUGGAUAUUUAGUAAAGGAGGAUUCCGGAAGAGCUGGCAAGAUGGCAGUAGUUAUGCAGUCCGAAAGAAGAGUGGAGAAGGUGUACGAUACAUUGUCCUUCAUGCAGGUUCUGAAAAUGGGUUUAUUAAUAACUGUGAACUCAUUUUCAAAAGUGGAAGUAAAUCUGGUGACUACCAUGAUUCGAUGAAUUCAGAUAAUUUUGAAAAAUGGUUUGUGCAUCAGCUUUUACCAAACUUAGAAGAACCUUCGUUGAUUAUAAUGGACAAUGCAUCGUACCAUUCCACUUUAGUUGAAAAAAUUCCAAAUGCAAGUUGGACCAAACAUUCUUUAUUGGAAUGGUUGACAAACCGAAAUAUCAAAUGUUCAAUAUCUAUGAUGAAGUUUGAGUUAAUGGCUAUUGUAAAGAAGCAUUUACCAGAUAAAAUAUUUAAAUUAGAUAGACUAGCCCUUCAAUAUGGCCAUCGGGUCUUGAGACUCCCUCCAUACCAUUGUCAAUUUAAUCCGAUAGAGAAUGUUUGGUCUGACUGCAAAAGGUAUUAUGAUGCAAAUAUAACUUCUGCUGGCGUUACAAAUGAAGCCACAGUUUUAAAUCUUUGGAAACAAUCUCUACAACAGGUUACACCAGAAAAAUGGAGAAACUAUGUUAAACAUGCGGAGAAACUUAUUAAUGAGUAUUGGGAGACUGCCAAAAGUAUUGACAUAAACCCCAUAGCUCCAGUAAUUAUCGAUUUAAAAGAAUCAGAUUCUGACUAUUCAGAUGACGAUUUUGUUGGCUGAUACUCAACCG